AGGCUGAUUUGUCCUUUCAGGCAGGUGAGUCAGAGUGAUGGUGAGGCUGUGGCGACUCGCUUUGACUGCUCCUUCUUUGAGGUGUCUGCCUGUUGGGACUUCCUGUCGGUGCAGCACAUCUUCCACGAGGCAGUCCGGAGGGCCAAGCGAGGUGGAGAGCACAGCAACUUGCUCAAUGCUGCCUACGUCAGCGAGGACAAAGCUUUGCUGGGUGUCCACUCCUUCUCCACUCUAUGCUACAAGGAGCUGCCGACGCCUGCCACCGCCAAGCUGGUCACGGUGAAGGCAUCCAGAGCUCAGAGCAAACGGAGGGCCGCCACACUCACCCUGCUCAAGGGCUUUAAGAUCUUCUGACACGUCUGUCAUCCAACUGUGACUUUAGAUGACUUUGAGACUGACGGCUCGAUGCAACACAGCAGAGAACAGAGCAGGAAGAAGAGCUGGUAUACUAAUAGGGUAUAUUUUUCCUUUGUAAGGAAAUAAGAAAUUCUGGUUCAUAAAAGCCUUU